AUGGCUCCCCCUAAACCUACCCAACCCUCUCCUCAAGAAAUUAUUGAACAAGCUGUUCAAACAUCCCAUCUUCAUCUAGAUACAGCUAUGAAUCAAACACAGCAGCAAAUGGAUGAACGGUUUGAUAAAGUUCAUUCUGACUUGGCUGAGACAAAGCAGCAGCUAGGGUUGAUUCAUACACAAAUGGCUUCCGAGAGGCAGGAGGAAGAUGUUCGCUACAACGCCCUCAUGGAAGCUAUACAGCGUGUUUUCUCACAAAAAGAACUACAAAAGCUUGCUGCUGACGCUACUAUGGCUGUCUCUUCCCCGGGAGAAUCUUCAGGUAUGACAGAAAACCUCUCUUUUGCUGCUACUGCUACAGUACCCAUUCCCCAAAACUAUACACCCACAAAUACACCCUCACGAACCACUGUUCCUCUCCCAAACACCCCCACCCAACCCCCUGCUACAGUGCAGCGAACCCCCUUCCCACAACCAGAGCCGCCCCCUUUUCCACCUUACACCCUUAAUCACUCUCCUUUCCCACACACCCAACAAAUUAAUAUUCCGUUUACCCAGCCCAUCUCCUACGCGCAUAACCCCACCAUGGCUCCCCUACCCCCUUUUCGAACACCCAAACUUGAAUUAGCUAUGUUUGAUGGGUCUAACCCAUUGGAAUGGCUAUUUCAGGCUGAUCAAUUUUUUCUUUUCUACAAUUUACCACCAGAAAACAGAAUGUCAUUAAUGUCCUUUUAUAUGAAGGGUGAUGCUUUGGGUUGGUUUAAAUGGAUGUUUCAAAAUCAAUUAUUAACAGACUGGUUUUCAUUCAAGAGGGCAUUGGAAUUACGAUUUGGUCCUUCAACAUAUGCGAAUCACCAAGCUGAACUUUUCAAGUUAAAACAAGAGGGGUCUGUUACUCAAUACCAAACCCAAUUCGAAAAGCUAGGCAAUCAAGUCUUUGGUUUACCCCCUGAUGCCAUAUUAAACUGUUUUAUUUCUGGAUUAAAUCAGGAAAUUCGGAAUGAAAUUGCUGUUCAUCGCCCUACCAAUAUUUCUCAAGCUAUUGGGCUAGCCAAACUAAUUGAAUCCAAAAUAAAAGAAUCAAAGCCCAAAUUUUCAAAACCUUUCACUACCUACACCCCUAAAUCGUCCUUCCCCAAUUCCACCCAGCCCACUUCUUUCCAAUCUUCCCUCCCAAACAAACCGAUUUCCACCAACCCCCCUCCAAAAUUACCUAUUAAAAGACUUUCCCAAGCCCAGAUCCAAGAACGCCGAGCUCAAGGCCUUUGUUUUAAUUGUGAUGAAAAAUUUGUGGUUGGACAUAAAUGUGCUACUAACAGAUUUCUAAUCCUAUUGGCUGAAGAAGAACCAAGUGAUUCUAUGGUUACAGCUGAUUGUUUGGAUUCAGAAAAUACAACAGAACUUGGAGACACUUAUUUCCAAUUAUCUCCUCAAGCGUUAACCGGACAGUUCUCUCCCCAAACAUUGAAAUUCCAAGGACAUAUUGGGGGACUACCCGUCAUGGUCUUGAUUGAUACAGGCAGCACACAUAAUAUUUUACAACCUCGCAUUGCCCAUCACCUUCACUUGACCCCCACUCCCAUCACUCAAUUUUCUGUUAUGGUGGGUAAUGGAUCCCAUUUACAAUGUGAGGGAAUCUGCCACGAUGUUACAUUGAAUCUUAACAAUGACCUUUUCACCCUUCCCUUCUACUUAUUGCCUAUUGAGGGUGCUGAUGUUGUCCUAGGGAUGGCAUGGCUUAGAACUUUGGGACCCAUUCAAGCAGAUUUUUCUAUUCCAUCUAUUAGUUUUACACACAAUGACAAACCCAUCACACUCAAGGGUGACCCUAAAACUCGGCCUAUUCACACCUCUUUUCACCAAUUACAACAUCUCAUCCAUGCAAACUCCAUUGCUUCCUUCCACCUCAUGAUCAUGGAACCGUUGGAAGUCCCCAACUCUACCCCCAUGGCCACAAAUUCCAUAUCCACACCUAAUUUUCAUUCAAAACCCGAACUCCAGCACCUUCUUCAAACCUAUAAAAAUAUAUUUCAACCACCAAAAAGCCUUCCCCCUUGCCGCCCUCACGAUCAUCACAUCACUCUCCUUCCAAAUACCCCACCUAUAAACGUAAAACCCUACCGUUAUCCACACUACCAAAAAGAUGCUAUGACCUCCCUCAUCCAAGAGAUGUUAAAAGAAGGUACUAUUAUUCCUAGCAGCAGCCCCUUUUCCUCUCCGGUCCUAUUAGUAAAGAAAAAAGAUGGAACUUGGCGUUUUUGUGUUGAUUACCGCGCCCUCAAUGCCGUCACUAUUAAAGACCGUUUUCCCAUCCCAACCAUCGAUGAGUUACUAGAUGAACUGAAUUCUGCUAAGAUUUUCACUAAGAUAGACUUACGCUCGGGAUAUCAUCAGAUCCGACUUGCAUCGGAAGAUACGCAUAAGACAGCUUUCCGAACAUUUGACGGGCAUUAUGAAUUCCUUGUCAUGCCUUUUGGCUUGAAAAAUGCCCCGUCCACCUUCCAAUCAGCUAUGAAUGACUUACUCAGACCUCACCUACGUAAAUUCGUUUUAGUUUUCUUUGAUGACAUACUCAUUUAUAGCCCCACUUAUACUGACCACCUAACUCAUUUGCAGGUUGUUUUAGAACUAUUGCAGGCUAAUUCAUUUUAUGCCAAACUUUCUAAGUGUGUUUUUGCAGUUGAUCAAAUUGAUUACUUGGGGCACGUUAUAUCAGUUGGUGGUGUUGCACCUGAUCCAGAAAAAGUAAAGGCAAUCUUGGAUUGGCCUCUACCGCGAUCACUCACGACUCUCAGGGGAUUUUUGGGCCUCACCGGUUUUUAUAGAAGGUUUGUUAAGAAUUACGCCACACUCGCCGCUCCCCUCACCGAUCUUUUACGUUCUACUAAAUUUCAGUGGAGUACAGAGGCAUCUUUGGCCUUUACAAGUUUGAAGCACAAGAUGACCGACAUGCCGGUUCUUGCCUUACCAAAUUUUAAAAAGACAUUCAUUGUAGAAACUGAUGCUUCGGGUGUCUCUAUCGGAGCUGUGCUUUCUCAGGACGGUCACCCCAUCGCCUUUUUCAGCAAGAAGAUGUGCCCUCGGAUGCAAGCAGCUUCUGUGUACGUAAGAGAAAUGUAUGCUGUAACAGAAGCGGUUAAGAAGUGGCGUCAGUAUCUUAUAGGGCAGCACUUUCAUAUUCAUACUGACCAAAAGAGCCUAAGGAACUUACUGCUACAGAAAAUACAAACACCAGAACAGCAAAAAUGGACUUCUAAACUACAAGGCUUUAACUUUGCAAUUUUUUACAAACCUGGCCGUUCUAAUCAGGUGGCAGAUGCGCUCAGCAGACAAUUUUCUCCUGAUGAUUCCUUGUUGUUGACCCUCUCUUCGAUUGUCCCAGAUAUCCUUCUCAAACUACAGCACUUCUACGCUUCCACCAUACCAGGACAAAACACUGUCACACAACUUACACAAUCAGGCAGCAACCUUACUUCAUUCAGGUUUAAAAAUGGCUUACUUAUCUAUAGAGACAAGAUCUUCAUACCUGACGAUCUGGGGUUUCGCUCCUCUCUUCUGCAUGAAUACCACGCAACACCCUCAGCCGGCCAUUCCGGUGUUAAGGCUACCGUCGCUCGCGUGUCAAAUUCUUUCGCAUGGCCUGGCCUCUACCAGGACGUAAAAGACUUUGUAAAAAGAUGCUCUACCUGCCAACAUAACAAACAUCUAACUCAGAAAAAGAAAGGACUCUUACAACCUCUGCCUGUUCCUAAUAAUGUUUGGGAAGAACUUACCAUGGAUUUUAUAACACAUCUUCCGAAUUCUUUUGGACACACCGUGAUCUGGGUAAUCUGCGACCGACUCACCAAGUAUGUCCAUUUUUUGGCGUUACCUACAAGCUUUACAGCUAAGGAUCUCGCAUCUCGCUACAUGGUGGAGAUUUUCCGUUUGCAUGGUACUCCGAAAUCAAUUAUUUCCGACAGAGACCCUCUGUUUUUGAGUUCAUUCUGGAAGUCCUUCUUCAAAGCUCAGGGAACUACACUAAAAUACAGCACAUCUUACCACCCAGAGACUGACGGCCAAACUGAAGUCGUAAAUAGGUCAGUAGAAACAUACCUUCGUUGUUUUGUCGGUGACCAUCCGAAACAGUGGUAUAAGUUUCUUCACUUAGCCGAGUUUUGGUACAAUACCUCCUAUCAUUCAGCCAUUAACAUGCCUCCUUUCAAAGCUCUGUAUGGUCGAGAUCCUCCCAAUAUCACCGAUUUCAUCAACGAUUCCUCUCGCCGGGACCCCCUCGAGUUCUCCUGGCAACAGCACAAAGACAUUCUUGUCAAACUCAAGUUGAACUUACAAAAGAGUAGAAAAGCAAUGGAGAAACAAGCUAAUAAGUCCAGAAUGGCUUACAGUUUUCAGGUUUCGGAUGCACAAGAACCAACCAAUGUUACCACACUUUCGAUUCGUAACUCACCUUCAGACCAAGGUGGAAAAUCGCAGAACAGAGCGCCUAUCGGAGUCGGCGUUAGGAUGAAGAAGACUCCAAGCAAGGUGAGUUCUGAUAAUGGUUUAGAAAUGGAAGUACAAAGAAGUGAGGAAGACAAAGGAAGAGAGAAAGCUAAAGAAAACCAGAAGGACGACGAAAGAGAGAAAUGGGUCGUUCAAACAAAUGAAAGCACUUAUGUUAAUAACCCACUUUCAGAGGCUACAAGUAACGUUAAACUCUUUACUUCCUGUGACCGGCAAGUACACAGUGCGGUCCAACCCCCUUUUGCCAUCUGUCCCACGCGUGCUCCUCAAUUGAAGAGUUCCCAACGUCUCUCUGUGACACACCCAUGUGCUUCACCUAACAUCACAUUGACCGAAGCCCCUUUUUCUGACUCCAGCCCCUCCGCGUCCCAAGGCAACAGCUGGCAUCAUCCUAGCAUUUUCCCAUCACCCUUAUCUUCUGCUAGUCAAUCUGUUCCACUCAUCCAGAUUGCCCCAAUUGCCAACCGGAUCACAGCUGUAUCCAACCUACAAGAUUCAAAACUUUCUCUCCCGGACUCAUCAAUUGAAACUUGCGGCCCAACGGGUUUUUCAUCCCAUGCCCACUCACCUAUGAACCUUGAGGACAAGGUUCUUAAUGGGCCAAUGAGUAUUGUUAGGAAACAUGAUAGGCCCAUUAGGAAUAAGACCCAAUCAGUUUUACUUAAAGACUUCUAUUUGAAAUAG